AAAACUGUUUAUAUUUAUCGAUACAAUACUUUUUUGUAGCUUAUAACGUCGAUAGUUUGUAAACUUCCUUUGACAAAAGCAAGCUGCAAAGAUGGUGAACGUUCCGAAGUCCAAGCGGACUUUCUGCAGGAGCUGUAAAGCUCACAAGGUCUUCAAAGUAGCCCAGUACAAAAAGUCUAAGGAGAGGCCCGCCUCCCAGGGUCGUCGUCGUUACGACAAGAAGCAGGCCGGAUUCGGUGGCCAGACCAAGCCCAUCUUCAGGAAGAAGGCCAAGACUACCAAGAAGAUCGUGCUGCGUAUGGAAUGCACCGCCUGCAAGCAUAAGCGCCAGGUUCCCAUCAAGCGGUGCAAGCACUUCGAGCUGGGAGGAGACAAGAGAAGGAAGGGAGUGAUGAUCCAGUUCUAAGCCGCGAAAGAAAUGCCCACAUUAUCUUGUCAAUAAAAUCUCGCUCGAAGA